AGAUAGAACUCGUCACUAUCUCCUCUUUUGCAACAUUGCUGAUGUACUUCAACAUGAUGGAUGACGUCUCGAGUGUCCUAAUAGACACUAAUUUUCUCAUCACCAAGAAAUACUUGUUUCAGUAGUUAUUUAAUAACCGUGCUGGUCAUAACAAAUUGAUCCUGUCACUUAUUCAGCCUCUACUGCUUGUCAAACUCCAAGGGUUUUCUCAUGCAUCAGUUCAUCAUACCUCCAUGUUGUUGAUUUGUGUUACCUUGCAUUGCAAUGCAAUUUUUUUUUACAAGUUUCUAGAAGUAAUUAUACAACCGGGGGCGAUUUUUCUUUCCAUUCAAAGGUUAUGGUGAAAUUGUUUUGCAUUGAGGAGCAAUCUAGUGGAAUAUAGUGUUGACACACUUGGAGGUUGUUUUGAUUUCAUCCACUGUUUUCAACCACAGUCUUUCUUAGUGUAAUUCUUUGUUGCACUGUGUUAAUGAUUUUGGACUCUAAGCGACGCUGUUGGUCAAUCCAACGUGUUUUCUCCCACAUUACCACACAGUCCCCUCCCUUAGAACCGUGGCCUCUGAGAGAAAAGGAGAUAGUGUGCAUUAUAUGGGCUGACGAUAGGAGAAAACGGAUAUCUUCUGUCUCAUACAUGCAGUACUUUGAAACGACGUAAUUUGUCUUUGGUUGGUACUUUGGAUGUAUUUUUCAGGAUAGGUAUCGUUACUGGAUCGUUUUUCUUUUGCUAUGGCGUGUGGAAGGAGACAUGACGACGUGUGCGUAAAAUGGCGUUUUGGCUGCGGACAGAAUUGGCGGAUUCUGUUCCUCCUUUUUUCUCUCACUCAUUUGGUUACUGGACAUAUCCGAUAUUCAAUUCCAGAGGAGAUGAAGAAAGGCUCUUUAAUGGGAAAUGUUGCACAGGACCUCGGAUUGGAUUUGAAACGGCUUCGCUCCGGUCGGGCCCGUAUCGUGACCGGAGAGAGCAUCCAGUACACGGAGCUGAAGACAGACAAAGGGAUUUUAGUCGUGAAUGAGAGAAUCGACCGGGAGCAGCUUUGCGGAGAUGUAACACCGUGCAGUUUCAGUUUUGAGGUGAUUUUAGAAAAUCCCAUGGAGCUGCAUCAAAUCACAGUUGAAAUUACAGAUAUAAAUGAUCAUUCGCCCACUUUUAAAAGAAAUAGCAUCAAUUUUGAAAUCAGCGAAAUAGCAAACACCGGGUCUCAUUUUCCACUGACGAGUGCAGAAGACCUUGAUGUGGGUGUUAACGGGCUUAAAGAAUAUUUCCUGACUGAGAAUGACAAUUUUAUUCUGAAACAAAACUCGAAUACAGAUGGCAAGAAAUACGCAGAGAUGGUGCUUCAGAAACCGUUAGACAGAGAGACAAAUCCUCUUCUAUCUCUGAAGCUCAUAGCAGUAGACGGUGGAACUCCGCAGAGAUCUGGUACAGUGAAUAUAGAAAUCACCGUUCUUGAUGCCAAUGAUAAUGCACCUGUAUUCAAUCAGUCUGUGUACAAAGCUACAGUGAUGGAAAACUCUCCCAGAGAUACUUACGUUGCCACUGUUAAUGCUAGUGACGCAGAUUUCGGGUUAAAUAGUAUCGUGACUUAUUAUUUUUCAGAUCUCAACAGUGGUCUCAGUGAUUUGUUUAAGAUUGAUGAGAAAACUGGUGUAAUUUUAAUAAAAGGUUCCAUCGACUAUGAAAAGGACAAAAAAUAUGAACUGAGGAUUCAGGCCAAAGAUCAGGGAGGUUUGACAGAUUCAAGUAAAGUCAUAAUUGAAGUAACUGAUGUCAAUGAUAAUGCUCCUACUAUCAGCAUCAUGUCAUUCACUAGUCCUGUGUCAGAGGAUGCUCCUCCUGGCACAACUAUUGGCAUCAUAAAUGUGAAAGACCUGGAUUCAGGUGAUAACGGACAAGUAAACUGUCGAAUCGAGCAAAAUUCACCUUUCAAGAUUAAAUCUAAUUUAAGGAAUUACUACACUUUGGUAACAGAUACUGUGUUAGACCGUGAAAGUGUCUCAGAAUAUAACAUCACUGUUGUUGCAACAGAUGCAGGGGUUCCUCCUCUCUCAGCAAAACAAACCUUUCAUUUGAAGGUCUCUGAUGUGAAUGAUAAUGCUCCAGCGUUUUCACAAAAUGUUUACAAUACUUUCAUCACAGAGAAUAACUCUCCAGGCGUUUCUGUUCUCAUGCUCAGGGCUAAAGACCCAGAUGAAAACCAGAACGCUCGAAUAUCCUAUAUUCUGGAGGACAGUAAUAUCGGUGGAUCUCCAAUUUCUGAGUAUGUUUCUGUGAAUGCAGAGAGUGGAGUUGUACAUGCAGUGCGCUCUUUUGAUUAUGAACAAAUCAAACAGUUAAUUUUUGUAGUGAAAGCGCAGGAUGGAGGCUCCCCUCCACUCAGCAGCAAUGUGACAGUGAAAAUGAUGAUCCAGGACCAGAAUGACAACCCUCCUCAGGUCCUGUAUCCAGUCCAGACUGGUGGCUCUGUGGUGGCUGAAAUGGUUCCUCGUUCAGCAGAUGUGGGCUAUCUGGUGACCAAAGUGGUGGCUGUUGAUGUGGACUCUGGACAGAAUGCGUGGCUGUCGUAUAAACUGCAGAAGGCCACAGACAGGGCUCUGUUUGAAGUGGGCUCCCAGAACGGAGAGAUCCGAACCAUCCGCCAAGUGAGUGAUAAAGAUGCAGUGAAACAGAGACUGAGUGUUAUAGUGGAGGACAACGGGCAGCCCUCUCGUUCAGCUACAGUCAUUGUGAACGUGGCGGUGGCGGACAGCUUCCCUGAAGUUCUGUCAGAGUUCAGUGACUUUCCACACGACAAGGAGUACAAUGACAACCUGACUUUUUACUUAGUGUUGGCUCUGGCUGUGGUCUCCUUCCUUUUCAUCACGUGUUUGGUGGUUAUUAUCUCAGUGAAAAUCUACAGAUGGAGACAGUCUCGCAUCCUGUAUCAUUCCAACCUGCCUGUCAUUCCAUAUUAUCCUCCACGUUACUCAGACACUUUGGGGACAACAGGGACUCUCCAACACGUGUACAAUUAUGAGGUGUGCAGGACGACAGACUCCAGAAAGAGUGACUGUAAGUUUGGCAGAGCUGGUAGUCAGAACGUAUUGAUAAUGGAUCCCAGUUGUUCAGGGACGAUGCAGCGGAUGCAGAGUGAGAAGAGCAUCCUGGAUGAACCAGACUCUCCUCUAGAGGUUAGUUUUCUUGGGGAUGUACUUAAAUCUGCACUGUUAUUUAUUAAGUUAUUUGGCAACACAGAGUGUUAAGCCAUGUUCAGUGUCUAAAAAUUGUUUAUUAUACUUAAGUUUGGUCACCGUGAUGGAAAUAAUUGUAUACUUUAUUUUUUGGUUGUUGCUGAUUCAGCACCACGGACAGUGCAAACGGUGAAGUUACUCAAAUGCCUGAAAGAGUUCAGUCAGGUUAUGCUCUCUCUCUCUCUCUCGCUCUCUCUCUUUCCCUCUUUGUGUGUCUGUGUGCGUGUGUCUGUGUGUGUGUCUUUCCUUCUCCUUUUUCUCUGUGUGUCUACACGUGUUUUACAAGCACCUCUUUUUUUGCAAGAUUAUUAUUCCUCAAAUUUUAUACUAACAUUUGUGAUAAACUUUGCCUGUGGCCAACACUGUCAAAUGACAAUUACUGAUUCAUGAGAUAGUCGUUUUACACAUUUGCAAAACAUAUAGUGGCAGAAUUGCAUUGUGUGGAUGUAAGUCAUAAUUUAACACAAUGUAAAGUGGAAAUGUACCAAGAAUGUGAUGUCUUAUGAGAUCAAUUUAACGUUUUAGCCACUCUGUAACUCUUCAUAUAUUCAGGUACAUGUGUUUGUGUGUGCAAGUGUACCUGUGUGCUUUGAUGCAUGCUUUUGUCUAGCCACAUUGUUGCUUCUUAUUCUAAUUGAUUUGAUUAGUUCCUCAAUUCGUUUUCUAUUGAGCAAUGAUGGAGGAAAAUAUGUACUUAUUGUUUCUAAAAUGUUUAAACUCAAAACCAUGUCUCUGUAAAUCUUAUAUUUACACACAAACAUAUAUUUCUGAUUGCCACAAUGAGAUUCCAUGCAGUUCAGUCUAUUGAACAGAAAGGGACGCUGUUAGCCAUCGAGUUGCUGAGGAACGUUUUGAUGCAGCACCUCCCUUGCACGUCAGCAUAUUACAUCGGUGCAAAGAGAGUGGCAGUGUGAAUAGUCGGUUUUCCCAUGAACAGCAGAGGACAGGACUGCACGAUGGGAUUCCUUUGUUCCACUAUUUAGGAUAAGUGGCAUCUUUAGGACUUUUUACUUGCAUCUACUGGUCAAAAUCGGAACUUGGGUCGAAGAAG